AUUUGGUCAGUUAACAAAUAAGCAUACAGUUCCUUUAAAGCUGUACAACAAACAAGUUUAUAUUAUUAAAGAUUGCUUUGCCGGUUGUCUGCCUGCCAUAAUUCUGAGGACCACUUAAAAGGCCCUUCUGCUGCCUCCCUCUCGCUUGCUCGGUGUGGGUUAAGUACCCUGUAAACUGUGCGACAAUGGCCUGUCCUUACUUUCGCCGUGCCGAUUCACUGUCACGCCAACCAUCAGUGGUUACAGAACCUUCAGGCAAUUGGACCUUGGAAGAUGAGGAACAAUCCGGCGAUGCUCUGACGCUGACUCAUUUGCAAAUGGCAAUACAGCUGUUGACAGCGCCAUCGAAUGAAGAUUUAAAUACUGCCGUAACAGCACUUAUAUUGAAGUAUCGCAAAAACUGGCCAAAUAUAUCCAAGCUGCAAAUUGAUUUGGAGACCCUAAAGACCUAUCCCAACUACGACUACCUGGCUGAUAUUCAGGAAAUCCUUCUGGAAAUGGAUGAAUCCAGUGCCAGUGAAAUUCUGGUAUUGCUUGGCGAAGAGUUGGUAACGUCAUGCUGCACGGGUAUUAUAGAAAGAGCCUUCAGAUGUUUGGGUACUGAACUGCAGGAAUUCUUGGGUUCACUGGAUGGGGUCUAUGAUGUGUUGAAAUUUCAAGAGGACGAUGAUAGCAGUGACACAGGCUUCGUGUGUGCCGGUGAUGGUGAAUUGAUAUUUACCUCAGAACGACCCGUUAUUGCCUGGCUUUUGUUGGGUUCGCUGAAAGCCCUUACAAGAAUUCUUUUCAAUGUCCAGGUCAAUAUAAAAAUUGAACCUGUGGAGGGUGAUAAUCGCCGUUAUCGUUAUCUGUUUUCGUUGGCCAAGGAUGGCCAUGCCCGUGAGAUGCGUGUCGUUAGUAAAUCUGUGGAGGGACCAGUACAGCGUAGUAAUUCGACCAAUGCCUCGGAUUUGACCAUGAAUUCCAGUACAUUUUGUAAGGCAUUUCCAUGGCAUUUUAUUAUGAAUGAGGACUUGGAAUUGGUACAAUUGGGUCGUGGUUUCAGUAAGCUUUACAAACCCUAUAUGGCCGAGUUCGGCUGCCACGCCACCACUUAUUUUGAUUUUAAGCGACCAAAAGGCUUGACUCUUAAAUUUCGGGAUAUUGUGCGCCGCACCUGCACCCCCUUUUUGAUUGCCCUGAAAAGCCCUCCCGAUGUCCAGGAAUUUACAGCCAAGGGUCUUGAGAUCAAGGGCCAAAUGGUCCAUUGUCCCGAAUCCAAUUCAUUGCUCUUCAUGGGUUCACCAUUCCUUGAUGGCUUGGAUGGUUUGACAUGCAAUGGUCUCUUCAUUUCCGAUAUUCCGUUGCACGAUGCCACUCGUGAGGUAAUAUUGGUGGGUGAACAGGCCCGUGCCCAAGAUGGCCUACGCCGACGCAUGGACAAAUUGAAGAGCUCCAUUGAGGAAGCCAAUGCCGCCGUCACCAAGGAGCGUAAGAAAAAUGUCAGCCUCUUGCAUUUGAUUUUCCCAGCGGAGAUUGCCGAACGUCUGUGGUUGGGCGCCAGCAUUGAUGCCAAAACCUACCCAGAUGUCACUAUACUUUUCAGUGACAUUGUGGGCUUUACCAGCAUCUGUUCCAGGGCCACACCAUUCAUGGUCAUCAAUAUGUUGGAGAGCUUGUACAAGGAUUUCGAUGAGUUUUGUGAUAUGUUCGAUGUCUACAAAGUGGAGACUAUUGGUGAUGCCUACUGUGUGGCCAGUGGCUUACAUCGGGCCUCGAUCUACGAUGCUCACAAGGUGGCUUGGAUGGCUUUGAAAAUGAUUGAUGCCUGUUCCAAACACAUUACCCAUGAUGGUGAACAAAUCAAGAUGCGUAUUGGCCUGCAUACUGGCACCGUAUUGACUGGUGUUGUGGGUCGAAAAAUGCCACGUUAUUGUCUGUUUGGUCACAAUGUUACCAUUGCCAAUAAGUUUGAGUCCAGCAGUGAGGCCUGUCGGAUUAAUGUUAGUCCCACGACCAGGGAAUGGCUCAUAAAAUAUCCUGGCUAUGAAUUCGAUUUGAAGGCACGAGAUCCCUCCUUCUUGCCCAAGGAGUUCCACAAUGCCGACAAUGGUACCUGUUAUUUCAUGGAUCACUAUCGCCACUUUUCCAUGGAUGAGAGCUUGCCGUUGGAUGACCACAUUACCGCAGCCAUGAAAUCCAUACAAACCCCAGCAACUGAAACUUAAGUGGAGAACAUGGAGACAAGCGUACCGAUUAUAAAUAAUGGGCAUUGAGGGUACGAUUACCCACAGUCCAUAUUUACUCAAUUUUAAAUGUUUAGCGAGAUUUGCAAAAGAAAUCUGAACUUAAAAGAAGAAGAUUGUUGUUUAAUUUAAUCUAAAAUAAAAUAGAAAUUUAUUCAAUAAACCUAAACGCAUUGGA